AUGGCAAUCGAACAAUCUAUCACCAAGGGGGACGCAGCCCUUAAAGCCAAAGAUUAUUUAGGGGCAAUCUCCUACUAUUCCCAAGCAAUUAAAGAAAAUCCUGAAGCGUUCUCCCCUUAUUUGAAGAGAUCAACCGCGUAUCAAAAAUUAAAGAAUAAUGACAAAGCCAAGGCAGACAUAUGCAGUGCAUUUUCCAUAGCCUCUGAAAGAGGAAAAAGAAGAGACGUAGGUUUAUGUUAUUUUAAACUUGGAUUGAUCUAUUAUCAGGAAAAGAAAAUCAAAUUGAGUUUGACCCAAUUUGAAAAGGCCGUCGAGUACGAUUGCAAGGAACCAACUUUAUCUAUGUGGAAAGCCAAGGCUGAAUAUGACUUGAAAAAUCACCCUGAAUGGAAUGUUGAGGGAGAUAAAGAUGAUGAAGAUAUCGAUUUAGUCCUUGGUCUUGAAAACGAGCAUACCCAAUCGAAAGGUAAUGCUAAGAAGGAUGAAUCUGAUGAACCAAAGAUUGUUGAAUUGAAUAUUGACGAAGAAUCAAGUAAAAAGACAUUCAAGCCAGAAUCAUCGUCUUUAUCCGAUUCUGCUGCUCAAACUCCAAAGUCUACCAAUGUAGAUGUGAUUAACAAGAUUGCGCCACUAAACGUUAAAAUCAGAGAUGACUGGUAUCAAUCUAACGAGGAAGUUAUAAUAACCAUCUAUGCCAAAAAAGUCAAUGAAGAGAAAUUGAAAGUAGACAUUGAUACAAACUCGGUAUCUAUUUCCUUCCCAAGCGCAGCAAGCUCUGAAUACAACUAUAACUUGGAUCCAUUAUUUGCAGAAAUCAUUCCUUCGGAAUCAAAAUAUAAAGUGUACUCAACAAAGUUGGAAAUUGCUUUGAGAAAGAAGGAGGCUAACAAAUGGCCCCAACUAGAAAAGCAAGCUGUGGAGGGGAGGAACGAUACUCAGGGAGAGGACAAGAAAGAUGAUCCAUCGGGCUUAGUCUAUCCUACAUCAUCUAAAAAGAAGAUUAAUUGGAAUAAUUUUAAAAUCGAUGAUGAUACAGAAGAAGGCGACCCAAAUGACUUUUUCCGGAAAAUAUUCAAGGAUGUUGAUGAAGAUUCUAGAAGAGCAAUGAUGAAGAGUUACGUUCAAUCGAAUGGAACUGUUUUGACCACAAGUUGGGAUGAAGCUAAAGAUAAAGAAUUUGAGGUUUCGCCACCAGAUGGAAUGGAAACCAAGAAAUGGGAUACAUAA